GCAGGCGCUGCAAACCAGCACGAGCUAAACCGGCUGCUAUAUAUAUAUAUAUUUUAAUACUGUAAAUUUUUUUUUUAAUGUUUGAGAUAUGUUCCUGUCCCUAUAGGGCUCACCCUUAGAAGAGAAAAGGUGAAAAUUAAAGCUCUGAAGAGUUCCUGAAAAAAAAAAAAAAAAAAAAAAAAAAAAAAAAAACUUGGCCGAUAUGUUUUUCAUUCUCAAACGGACAACAGAUGCAACAGUGUAGCUCAAGGAGGGACAGCAGAGUUCGCUCAGUCGAAGCUUAAAAAAAGACAAGAAAGAAAAGGUAAAUCUUAGCUAAACCAAAGGUUAGAUGAAUAAGUUUGUCAUUUUCAAAUAGUUUGUAUUUUCUUUAAAUGCAGACAUAAUGAGAAAGCUGGUGUUAUAUGUUGUUUAUUUUAUACAGAUGCAAGACAAUCUCGAAAACAGAUAUUAACAUGAGAUUCUUUUGUAUUUUUUUGCUAUUUCCACAACAGCCAUUUUCAAUCAAGCUUUUUAUUGUGAUGGAAAAAAACAUGCUGAGCUAGAAAUGACUAUGUCAGUGUGGUAAUUACAUUUACUGGGCUGCUAGAACUUAAAAUACUAUGUCUUAGGUUUAAUAGCCAAACAAAACACAUCAUUCACCAAAUCAUUAGUACACAAAGACGACAAUAUAAAUAAAACUCAAGCAGAAAAAUCAUGAUUGUGCUGUAGAAUUGUAAUCAAAGAUUUAAUUAAAAUGGAUACAAAGCAGUGUUUUAUUUAAACAAUUCAAAAUGAACAUUUUGAUUAAAAAACAUGUAUUCUAAAUUUACUAAAUAGUUAUAUUAUAUGUUUAACAACAUUUACUUUUGAAUAAUGACAAUUAUUGUCCUUUGAAUGUUGGACCAGAAAGAUGAGAACAGGAAAUUAUUUGAAAACUUUAAUCGCUGUCAAGAAAUGUUUCCACAACCAGUGGAAAGGUUAAAAAAAAAAAAGAAAAAAAUUACAAAGCAAAGAGUGUUAUCAAUACAUGACAUACUGUUUGGGAAAUGUAUCAUUAUAUAUUUUUUUUCCUUUCUUUAAAUGAUUUCAGUUUCACAAUAUGUAUAUUAUUGGUCACUUUCCAUCAGAAAACCACAAUAAUAUGACUUUUUUGAUUAAACCCUUUUUGCUGACCCUAUUCCCAGAUGUAAAGGGCUCAAAAGGUUUGCCCUCAUACAAAAUUUUCUUCAGAAUAAAGGGUUUGAGAUGUAAUAUCUGUAGGAAUUCCAUCAAGGUUCAGCCUUUCUGAUCAACAGGAUGCUGUGACCUAAAACAGCUCUAAGUUAUCUAAGUUAUUUCUUUGACAUGUGUUUGAGAUGGUUUUUACUGUCAGACCAAUUGAGCUAAAAAAAGUAUGCAAGCACCAAUACACUCUUAUCUAAAAUAGAACCCUGUUCUCUCACAGUUUCCAAACUAUUUCAUAUAUAAUUUUUUUUACACCUAGGAAAAGUGUAAUUAGAGGGAAAAAAAAGACCCAGUUCUACUGAGUGGUACACUUCAAAUCGGACCAGACAGUUUGUGUUGGCAGAUGUUUUGGCAACGGCAGAAUAGCGUGUGUUCCGGCAUGAGACGCAUGCCAAUGAAUUUAAUAAAGAGAGGGGAAACAAAGGGCAUCAGUGGAGGAAUCAAAGGCAUCAAGAAUUUUGUGGGUGUUAAACCAUAUCAGGCAUACAACCAUCUUCCAGACUCUCUAAAUUCCUUGACCAAAUAUUUUUUUCUUGAUCUCUAUUUAUCCAAGGUAAUUUUCUAUGAUUGUUUGUUUAAUCAAUGUCAAGACUAAACUUAGGUCAUGGUUGUGUUGGGGGGGGCAGGUUGUGUCUUAAAUAGACAUCGUUAUAAGACUACCAAGGGGGAUGUAUGGUGUCCAUUUGGAAAAAAAAACAUACCAGCCAAGUUUUUUCCUUUGAAUUUGGCCUUUCAUGGACUGUUCAGAGAUUUCAUUUUCACCUUUCUCUUCUGAUUCCUGUACUCUGCUGUAUACACAAUCACACACACAAACACUCAUUUUCUCUUUCUCUGUUCCUUUGGCCAGUGCUGAGUCAGGGUUAGUCAGGGACCAAAGUAACAGACAAAGAGCUGACAGCACCAGGUCAUUUAGCUUGCAGCAAAAAGGUGCAUCGGUUGACAAAAAGAGCAUCUAGGCUGCGGCACGUCUUGAAGCAUUUCAUGGAGCAUUUUGGUUUCAGGUUCUCUUGAUGCUUACUGCAUCAAAAAAAACAAAGUGCACUCUCUUCUGUUUAUUUCUGUUUUCACAGCAGGAAUCACACUCGCCCAUCUUGUUUUAUCGUAGGUGUACUUUAGUUCUGCACCCAGAUGAAACACAAGAGAAGAAGACACUUUGAGGCAGCAACCUCAAGAGACGGUUCCUCCUUAUCUCAUCAUUGAUUGGCUGCUGGAUUAGCCACACGCUUUGACCAGUGUGUGCUAUCGACAGGCUGCCUGUCACAGUCAAGAGUACCCUCCAAAGCAGACGAAUGUCAUAGGAUGAACACUGCUGGUGGGGUGUGUCUGUCUGUGCUGUCCUCCCUCCUGGCUGUGGCUGGGGUCCUGGCUGCUGUGUCUGACCUCCGUCUAGCUCCCCUCUUUGCCUUGGCUGAGGCUGCCCAUGGGGCUGCUGAUAGCAGCAGGGCAGAGGGGCCUCCCUCACCCAUCUCUCCGCCGUGCUCCAGCCUUGUAACAGGGGUACUCUAUGGCUCUUUCUCCCUAAGGGAGCUCUUUCCAUCAAGGACUCCUGGCUGUUCCUGGUCCCUGGAAAAUCCAGAUCCAACGAAGUAUUCGCUCUAUCUCCGCUUUGCCCGUCACCCCAUCAUCUGCCAGACACACUUCCCCAUGCUUCUGUCUCUUGACCAUCACUCAGCCAAUCAAAGCUGUCCUCUUCACUUACAGACAUCCAGAGAUCAGGAAGUCCUGGAUCUCUGUGGCAGCCAAACAGACUCAGACAGACUUUAUUCUUUCCUACAGUUUGAUAAGAACUUUGUCCAGUUGUGUCUAACGAGACAUCAAACUGCAGAUGAGCCUCAGGUAACCAAGGAGUUGCUAGAACAGAGACUGGUAGAGGUGUUGCUCAUAAACAAUGAGAACUCUAGUCAGUUUACCUGUGGUGUGCUCUGCCGAUGGUUCGAGGAAUGUUUGCGUCUGGAUCACAAGGAAAACCAGGACCAAUCUGACCGGGACGGUUGCGGGAUGACUCAAACAGGCUGCGUUUGUCCUAAUCACAACAUUGUACCGCCGCAUAUCCCCUUACUGCCAGAGACGCCGCAUAGUUUCAGCAAUGGUUCACUGGUUCCUGAGGACUGCUGCGUCACUGAGCUGCAUUCCAAUGAUGCAAUUGCCAUAGCUCCCAGAGAUGUCCGACAAGAGCAAUAUGAUGAUGAAGACCUGCGGGUGAAGACCCAAAGGCCACGAUCAGCUGACCAGCCAGGUGUGUUUCAGGCACAAACAGGCGAUCCCGCAGCUGAGGAAUGGUCACAGUGGAGUGUGUGUUCUCUCACAUGUGGACAAGGUUGGCAAGUGAGGACGCGGUCUUGUGUAUCUUCUCCCUAUGGGACGCUGUGCAGCGGUGCCCUGCGGGAAACACGCAUGUGCAACAACACAGUUUCCUGUCCAGGGGAACCUGGAAUCAUCACCUCAGUGCAUGGUCAGUGGGAGGAGUGGUCGUCAUGGAGUCUUUGCUCUGUGACCUGUGGGCGGGGCUCCAGGAUGCGAACCAGGAAGUGUACGGAUGGAGGCGGGGUUAUCACUUGUGAACGCCCAGAGAUUCAAACCAAACUCUGCAACAUAGCGGUGUGUCCUGUGGAAGGCCAGUGGUCGGAGUGGGGGCCCUGGUCGAGAUGCAGCGUGACUUGUAACCCAGGCGUCCAGCAGAGGCAACGGCGUUGCAGCGCAUCGGUGCACGGCUGGGCGGAGUGCAAGGGUCCCCAUCAGGAGAGCAGAGAAUGCGCCAACCCAUCAUGCAGCGGAGGUAACUGGGGCAACUGGAACCACUGGAGCCUCUGCAGCAAGACGUGUGACACCGGGUGGCAGCGGCGCUUUCGGAUGUGCGAGGACACCGGACCACAGGGUUAUCCGUGUGACGGCUCAGCAGAGGAGGUCCGGUCUUGUAAUGAGAAGAAGUGCCCCGCUCCUCAUGAGAUAUGCAAAGAUGAACACCUCCUCUCCAUGUCAUGGAAAAGAGCCUCGGCUGGAGAAACGGUCUACAAUAAGUGUCCAACAAACACCUCUGGAUCUGCUAGUCGUCGUUGUAUGCUGGACAAUAACGGAGUUGCUUUCUGGGGUCCUCCGAGCUUCGCCAGAUGCGUCUCGCUUGAAUUUAGACUUUUACAUUUAUCUUUACGAGAGCAUCUCGCGAAGGGUCAGAGGACCCUGGCCGGGGAGGGCAUGUCUCAGAUCGUACGGAGUCUCCUGGAACUUUUGCAGAGGAGGAGCUACUACAGUGGCGACCUUCUCUUCUCCACGGAGAUCCUGCGAAAUGUGACGGACACCUUCAAAAGAGCAACCUACAUCCCAGCUCCCGACGAUGUGCAGAAAUUCUUCCAGGUUGUCAGCCACAUGUUGGACUUAGAAAAUCUAGAGAAAUGGGAGGACGCUCAUCAGGUCGCUCCCGGUGCUGCUCUGCUGAUGAGGAUUUUAGAAGAUUUCAUUCACCUCAUUGGCGAAGCCCAAAAACCUUUUCAAAGUUUCCUGGUGGUGACGAAUAAUCUCAUGGUAACCAUCCAGAGAGAGCCCGUAUCAGCAGUAUCCAGUGAUAUCAACUUCCCCAUGAAAGGCCGGAGGGGAAUGAAGGACUGGGCCAGGACCUCGGAGGAUAAGCUCUACAUCCCUAAAAAAGUUUUCACCAGUCCGACUGAAGAACCAGAAUCCGAAACCACCAUGUACUAUGUCAUUGGAGCCAUCCUGUACAGGACUCUGGGCCUCAUCUUACCCGCACCAAUUCCUCCUGCGGUGAUCAACUCAAAGAUCCUGACAGUGACAGUGCGACCAGAACCACAGCUCAGCGAGCCCAUGGUGGAGUUGGAGCUUUCGCCACUGAUAAAUGGAACAUCAGAUGCUGAGUGCAUUGUCUGGGACUAUGGCAACCCGGAGGCUGGCGCAGAAAACUGGGCCACCGAAGGCUGCCAAACGCUUGCAUCAAACACUGUCCACACCAAAUGCCGGUGCAGCAGGAUAUCCAGCUACGCCGUGUUAGCGCAGCAAGCUAAAGACCCGGAUAUGGGUCCUACCAGCAUGCCCUCUGUGCCACUCAUGGUGGGGUGUGGGGUCUCCUGCACUGCUCUGCUUAUCCUACUGCUCAUCUAUGCUGCCUUUUGGAGGUAUAUCCGAUCAGAGAGAUCAAUCAUCCUGGUGAACUUUUGUUUCUCCAUCCUGGCCUCCAAUUUAUUGAUUUUGGCUGGACAAUCGCAAACAAUCAGCAAGGGCCUCUGUGCUGUGACCGCUGCCUUCUUGCACUUCUUCUUCUUGGCCUCCUUCUGUUGGGUGUUGACCGAGGCAUGGCAGUCUUACCUGGCCGUGAUUGGAAAGACCAGGUCAAGGAUCAUACGCAAGCGCUUCCUGUGCCUCGGCUGGGGUCUCCCAGCUCUCGUCGUUGCAGUGUCAGUAGGCUUUACCAGAGCAAGAGGUUACGGAACAGCAAGCUAUUGCUGGUUAUCUUUGGAGGGCGGUCUGCUUUAUGCCUUCGUGGGUCCUGCUGCCGUCAUCGUGUUGGUGAACAUGCUUAUCGGAAUUGUGGUGUUCAACAAGCUUAUGUCUCGCGACGGCAUUUCAGACAAAUCUAAAAAGCACCGUGCAGGUGUCCCGGCGGAAGCGCGUAGCCGACUGCUCCUGAAAUGCUCCAAGUGCGGCGUGAUCUCGAGCACUGCUAUGUCCAGCUCCACUGCCAGCAGCGCCAUGGCGUCUCUGUGGAGCUCCUGUGUGGUUCUCCCUCUGUUAGCGCUGACCUGGAUGUCAGCAGUGCUCGCCAUAACGGACCGUCGCUCCACACUCUUCCAGGUCCUGUUUGCCGUCUUUGACUCUGUCCAAGGUUUUGUCAUCAUCACAGUCCACUGCGCCAUGCGACGAGAGGUCCAGGAUGCGGUGCGAUGUCGAAUGGGGGGAUGUAAAGAUGACAGUGAAAACUCCCCAGACUCCUGCAAGAAUGGACAGGUGCAGAUCAUGAAGUGUGCAGGUGCAGGCGUCUGUGGACAGCAGCAUGGCUCUCGUCACAGCACUCCCUUGUGCCUGUCGGGUUGUCACCCACAACCACCUACGUGCCACCAGACAUGCCAACAAGCCUGUUACCACAGUCUGCCCCGAAACGGCUGCAACUACGGGCUAGACCACAACCACGCACAUGAGCACAUCCCAAUACUCAACAAUACCCACAACCAUGCCUAUAAUCACAUCAGCAACCGUUCAACGGAUUUUGAGAAGGACGUGGAUCUGGCUUGUCAAACAGAAAGAGGACACCCAUUCAUUUUCAAAGAUGUUAACACGUGUAACCCAGCUACCAUCACUGGGACCCUGUCUCGAAUCUCCUUGGAUGACGAAGAUGAUCCUAAACUCACAGCCCAUCAGGAAGGGGGAGUGGGGGUCAACUUCAGCUCCCUGCCUGGCAAUAUUCCCCCACCAAAUCUCAUCGUACAGGUCCCAACCCUAGGCCUCAAUGAGCUCAGCGAAUCACCGCUGAAGAAGGAGUUGAACAUGGACCAGCAGAGGCAACAGGGACAACAACGCAACAAUACUCCAAUUUACCUGUGCACUGAGAGUGGCCUGGGAUGGGCUCGACCCCCGGCUUCCUCCAACAACUCCCAAGAUGGAAGUGCGGGAAGCGGAGGAAGUGGGGGAGGAAGCGGUGGGGGAGGGGAGGGAGACUACAUGGUCUUACCACGUAGGACAGUCAGUCUCAAACCCCCAGCUUCCUCAUCACAAGGGGUAGGCCUGGGACUUGGGGGCGAGGACCAGCCUCUAAACAUCGCAGUGGAGGAUGCCCCCUUUCCUCCCCCUCCCUCCCCUCUGACUCUUCACCCAGCUGAGAGUGAGGCCUACCCGGCGGAUUUUGUGCCGUCCAGCGUGGGCGACAUGAACAUCACCAUGAACCUCAAUCGCUCCUACGGGACGAUCAAAACCAUGCCCCAUGGGCAUGGCCAUUUGAUGGCUCAGGGGGGUCUUGUGCACUCCCACGGAGGACACAUCCACUCCCAUGGGCAUUCGCUCCACCUGAAAGCAGGCCAGAGACCAUCAGUGAGGCAGAUUUUAACAAGUGGGCCUACAGUAGAGAGAACCAGGACCCUGCCACGUAACCUGGGAAGUACCAAUGCCAAUACCAGCCACUCAGCAGGAUCUUUGGAGAGGAAAAGAGUUCGGUACUCUGAACUGGACUUCGAGAAAGUGAUGCACACUCGCAAAAGACAUUCUGAGCUGUACCAUGAGCUCAACCACUCGUCCAAGUUCCACACCAUAGACAGGUAUAACAGGGAUCCAGCCAUGUCCACAUUCAAGAGGGGAAAAAGAUGGAGCAUUUCGUCUGCCGGAGGUGAAAAGAACUCGUUGAGUGACAAGUCAACUCCAGAGGACCAGAGCUCCUGGGACAGCUUCAAGACCAUGACCCCGGAGCUGUCCAUAGUUCCUGGCGAGCAGAAGGACCGCUUGGAACUGCACAAUAAGAACUGGGACUCGUCCUCAGCUAAUACGCCCGACUCGUCCGAGGGAGACUUCCAGACUGAAGUGUGAAGCCUAACGUACACACUCACACUUUACCAUACACAGAAGCUCACGUGGAGAUGCAAAUGCACAACGAGAAAGUGGACUCCUGAAAGACCAAGCACGGGAACAUGACGGUAUUUUUUCGUUUUUGCAAGGACCUGUCUCGCUGGGCUCCCCGUCUCCGUUAGGCGCAUUUUGUCGGAUCCCAAACUGUUUACUGCUGGAGAGGACAUACGCGGGAGGGGGACGAUGUUCUAGUCUAUAUUUUCUCAAAGACUAUCGAAAAAGGAAGAACAGGGCCUGGAUACAUCUGUGACUUGAGAUGAUUUUAAAUGAACCCUAACAUAAGAAGAAAGUAUGAAAAACUUUUUUUUUUUUUCUGAAAAAAAUGUCUUGAUUUUAUUCUGGAGGGGAAAAAAAGGAAAAUCUCUUUGAAUUGUUUGACUUUGGGAGGGAGGUGUGUGUGUCGGUGAUGGGGGAGAAGAAUAUUUCUGCACCAUUCAGUUCUUUUUAUAGCAAGAGGAACAGAUCUCACAGAGGUUUCUCACAGUUGCCCCCAAGCAACCCGCUUUCAUUAGUUUCUUUUAUCUCACUAAUGGAUGACGAAAGCAUUCUUGUCUUUCCAUGUGGUCUUCAGUCUGUCUCAUCAAGAGAGUGAAUGGGGGGGUGGAGAUGUCUAGGGACAGAUUUGCUCGCUGAUAUGUGCCAUUCUCUUUUCUUCAGGUUCCUGCCGUUCAUUUCUCUCAUUCCUGUGUCAACAUUUUCUUUCAUUUUUUAUUUCUUCCUGCAAAUGUCAAAAAAGAAGACAAAAAAAGAGGCACCUGAAAGAAACGACUACAGUGAUUUGUGGUCUGCGCUCCAAUUGUUCACAAGAAGCUCAUUCAUUUUUAGGCUGCUUUGAUUUGUGCUUGUGCUGCUUAUUUCCACCACUUGUUCUUGUUCCUUUUUGUUCUCAAAGAGAACCGAGUCACGAGGAGCUUGAAAUAAAUUAAAAAAAACAAAAAAACACACACUUCUAACCGCACAUGAGCUGUCCUUCCAAGGUUAUGUGCGGAAAAAAAGGAAAUCCAAGCAUUUUUCUGCCUUUUUUUUCUCUCUACCUCCAGAAGAUAAAUGCGUUUAAAGAUUGCGGCUCGUGAAUCCAUUUUAGCCAUCACCUGUCAGUCACAGCGACACCAGAGAAGUCUGUUCCAGUCAUUUUUGUCUGAUCCCUGAACAGCAUGCCACUAUUGAUCAGUUUACCCCCCCCCCCCCCCCCCCAUUCAGAAGUUGACGGCGAGAGCCACCAGUUGAUGAUUUGUGAAAAAUAAAUUUCAUCUUAAACAUGAAGUGCUACAACUAUGCUUCUUUGAGGGAAAAAAAAAAUAAAAAAAUAACCGCCUCACCCUUUUUCUCUGUCACUCCAAAGCAUGAAAUCUUAAUGCCAACAGCAAAGUCAGACGUGUAAUUCCAUGUUCACAUGGAUUUCUCUGUGUGUGAUUAUAUCACGCGUCUGUGAGCACAGCAGCUGCAGAAGGAGAGCAUGAAAUAGAAAGUAAGAGCGGGGAUUCACAGAGGUUAGAGGGAUACACUAUGUCAGAUUCAGGAAGAGCUGACAACGAUGCUUCCUGCUUGACAUUCAACGUCCGUGCUGCAGUUGUUACAGAUGAUGCCUUCCCCCACUGUUAUGCUGCGUUCACACCAGCCAUGUCGCAGGUUCAGGAACGGGCUAAACGUACCUGCUGGCUCCCAAAAAAAAACAGAAACGUCAAUAGAACAAAAAAGUAAACACCUAUUACUCAGUCAUUGUAUUUAUCAGAAUGACCAUCCAAGCUUUUUUAAAAGUUGUUCUUGCUUAUCCCAUUUUUUUUUUCAUGAUAAAAUUUGUCCUUAUUGCAUAUUAUUGAAGUUGUAAACUGGCCAAUCAGAUGCCUCACUAAAAGCUUGCGGUGCCCGCUGGCCCCCACCUUGAACUUUUGAAACGUUUGACAGAUACUCUUGAACCUGCUUUCAGUGAAAGGGGUGUCGACUUCGAAUAAGCUCACUCCUGCCUGGCGACAGCAGUUGUCAUGGAAAGAUCAACUUGGACCAAUCACUGCUUACUUGUGGCUCCCAAUGGCGGCGUCUGUAUUGCGAAAAAAAUGGCGACUGAAUUGACUUUUGCUGGAGUUGGAAGCAAGUCAUUUUCUAUGGGUGAUGUCACUCUCACUCUGUCCAGUUCUCUUAUACAGUCAAUAGUAACUAGCCUAUAUUAGUGGACGCACCUGCAUUUUGAAGAGACUUGGUGCAAAAUGUUGUAGCGGUGCUAAUCUUGUGAAUCUUCCCCCAGACUUUUUUCUUUCACAGCUCUAUUCUGAUACAUGAAAGACUUUGUAUCAUAUAAUUCCAAACUACAAUUACUAAUUCCUCCUUCACGAUCAAUGUUCAAACGGGACCGUGAAUCAAAGAGGACGCCAUCUAUACCUCACUGCCAAAUCCGAGUCCAUGAUUGUUCAAAUUAGGUUGUGUUAAGUGGCUUCGCUUUUUGGACGUAGAGCCCCAAACCUGGCCUAAAGACCUGCGUAGUAACAUGUGAGUGCAGGAGUUUUGAGAACAGAAGCCUGGAUUGCAUAUUUAAACACACACUUUUUAUUGAAAGUGGUCACUUAAAAGUGCACGGAGGCUGGUGUGAAUGUAGCAUAACAGUGUUUGCACAUCAGUCAUCCUAACUGACUGUGCAGGAUGAUUGCAGCAAGAGCCUUGAGAAGUCCUAGGUGAACAUUUUAGUCUAAAUAAAAAGACUGGAGCUUGAGGGAAACUUAAGAAAACAAGGCCAAGACACAAUUGCCAGGCAGAAACGCAGGAGAAGUGGACAGCUCAAAACAGCAAUUAUCCAGGGAAGGCGAUUUGUCCUGACAUUUUCCAUUGCAGCCCUCAAACCAUCUGUUUAAAGAUCCCUAAUGUGGUAGUAGAGCAGUGCAGCGCAGAUGGUGAGACAAGAGUGGCGCCCUUGUAACCUUUCAAGCUAAUCAGCUGAUAGGCAAACCUACAGCUUGCCCUGUCCUAGAGGAGCUAGAUUGGUUUGAUCCCAAGUUUCAGAGCUAAGGUCACAUUCACCUGACCUUCUGUGAGACUCCGCACCCAGAUCCACUGAAUAAAAGCAGCAGUCUGGCAGCUACACUCAGUAGGUGUUACUCCACAGCCAUUUUUAUUUUUUACCUUACAGCUGUAAGAGAUUCAUUUGGAGGAAAAACAAAGUCCUGUUCCCAUGGUAACCAAUAAAAGAGAUCUGGAGAAAGUGAGAACUACAUGUUUUGGUUUGCUGUGUGACAUUUUGCUGCAUUCUUUUUUAUGAGUUUGAAGUUUUGAUCUCCAAGAAUGGUAAGUGAAAUCCUGUUGACUGACUGAAAUCCUCUUCUCCCGUUAUCGGUUGUAAUGCUAACAUAUACAACACAAGGAUCAGAAAGUCGGCAUGUCAGCUUGUCGUGUCCAUUUCUCUGUUGGAAGCUUGCCAACGUCAGCAGCCUAAAAAAUAAUUUGAGAUGCAUAGAAGGUCAAAUUUACAACAGAACUUCACGUCCUUCACUUUCCGACCCUCUGCCUUUGAUGCUUAACUUGUUAACCAGCUUCUUCAACCAUCCAUAACUCAAGUUGACUUAUUAUUGACAACAAAACCCUCCUUUUCUCCUUCAUUUUUUUUUAUACAUAAAAUUGUGCAAAGUAGUCCUCUAAUGUUUUCAUAGUGUCUUUUUAUAUGAAAAUAAAUUUUCAAACCAA